AUGUUUAGAGUCAUCCUGGGAUGGAUUCAUGCGAUCCUUAACUGGAUCUUGCUGCGGUUGAACCUGGUGUCGCAUCAUCAAGUCGGAUGGACGUCACUCAACAGAAAAACCGGCGAGCUUGAACGGGAGCAGGAGCCGGUGAUGAAGAAGAUCAAGUUGGCCUUCUUGUUCAGCCCUUUCAUGGAAUGGCUCGACCGGACGCAUGCCUUCCGCAUGUACGUACACAACAAGACGCUCAAACAGGGUAAAGCUGAGGCACGACCCUCUACGCACCAGCAAAUCAAAGGGUUCGUGGACUACUACAAAAUCAACAUGAACGACUUCGAUCCUUCAGACAUCGAAAAGUACGGUUCCUUUGAGGACUUUUUCGUCCGCAAGCACAGGGAAGGCACGCGGCCCAUUGCCGAGCCUGAAAACCCCAAACGCGCAAUCGUGUGUGCGGAUUCACGAGUAGUAACUUACGACACUGUCGCCGAAUCCAAAAAGCUCUGGAUCAAGGGCACCGACUUCAACAUGACCAACCUUGUCAUGGACGUCAAUAUCGGCAAGCGAUUCGAGAACGGUGCUGUUGCGAGUUUCAGAUUGAGCCCCCAAGAUUACCACCGCUACCAUAGUCCGGUCAACGGGGUCGUUAAGGAGUUCAGGAGUAUGCCGGGGGAGUACUACGAGGUCGACCCGAUUGCUAUCAACAGCGACAUCAAUAUCUUGACGUCCAACGCACGUGACUAUAUCCUCAUUGAUUCCAGGGAGUUCGGCGAGGUCUUGUUUGUAGCCAUUGGUGCAUCAGAAGUCGGCACCGUCUAUCGUAGCAUCCACGAGAAGUAUCGAAAGAGGGGCACCGAGAUCAAGAAAGGCGAUGAACUCGGAAUCUUCCAAUUCGGCGGUUCGUCCAUCGUCGUCGCCUUUCAACAAGGUCGUAUCAAGUUCGACGAUGACCUGCGAGAUUGCAGCACGAAUCGCAUCCAGGUUGCGGUCGAAAUGGGAAUGAGCCUUGGUGUGGCCACGAGAUAUUCUCAGCCGAACGGUCCAAAUGCUGGUCUGGGAGCUUCGUAUGCUGAUGUGGUCAAAGAGGAGUAAACGAGGCAGUACCUGAUGCGUCUCGAUCGAGGUUAUGCAUCAAGUCCGCCUUUGGAGGAGGUUGGAAUGUUGAAGUAUGAUUUGCCGACUCUGACGUGGAGAUUUUGCUCGCAUGAGAGAAAAUCAACUCCUGAGGGUCGUUGAAACAUGUUACUUGCCAUCAUCAGGAGGAAGGACACUGAUGGAGGCACAAUUACUCCGAAUGGUUGGCAGCAAUGGACGAUUCCAAGGUUGCGCGUCACUAGAAUCGAUAGUCCUAGUUAUAAUGUAUAUGCAAGUGUAAAAGUAUUGGCCCUGUCGCUAUCCAGUUCCUUCUAGCAGUUUUGCCAUAGCGUCGGUAAAUCCCGCUGGGAAACAGCAAUUCCAACU